AUGAUGACCAUGACUACGAUGGCUGACGGUCUGGAGCCUCAGGACUCGUCCAAGUCUGCGUUCAUGGAGUUUGGGCAGCAGUCGCACUCACAGCAGAGCUCCCCGUCGAUGGCCGGCGGACACUACCCGCUGCACUGUCUCCACUCCGGCUCUCACGCGCACCACCAGCACGACAACACCGCGUACACCGGGACCAACACCUACAACAGGUCGUUACCCUACCCUUACGUGAGCCACGCGCACCACAGCCCGUACCUGCCGUCCUAUCACAACAACACGGGAGGACAGACAAGGUUAGACGGCACAGAGCAGCAGAAAACGACGGUGAUUGAAAACGGGGAAAUUCGUUUUAAUGGGAAAGGCAAGAAGAUUCGCAAACCUCGGACAAUUUAUUCCAGUUUGCAGCUGCAAGCACUGAACCACCGAUUCCAGCAAACACAGUACCUCGCUUUACCUGAGCGCGCGGAGCUGGCUGCGUCUCUAGGACUGACACAAACCCAGGUAAAGAUCUGGUUCCAAAACAAGAGAUCAAAGUUCAAGAAGCUUCUAAAGCAAGGUGGCAACCCACACGAGACUGACCCCAUCCCGGGCUCCAUGUCCCUCUCCCCGCGCUCUCCCACCAUCCCUCCAAUCUGGGACGUCUCGGCCUCUUCCAAAGGAGUAAACAUGCCGGCAAACAGCUACAUGCCCGGCUACUCUCACUGGUAUUCCUCACCACAUCAAGACUCAAUGCAGAGAUAGACUCGUGAAGAGGCCUCUGGAUCUUCUCCAUGCAGUCUUUCCUAAAAAGGUAGCCUACAAAAUCGUGAGACUGGAUGCUGCAGCCUCUUCUGCUGACGGAUAAAAAAACACUGCAGCCAAACCUCGGUGUCAUGACACAAACAAAGGGAACUAAAUUUGUUAUGCUUUCAUUCAUGUCAACAUCUGAACGUCAAUAUACCAAAUAUGAUCAGUGACAUUUUUGGCCACUUUUGGGGGGCAAAGA